AGGAAGGCGUUAUAGCAAGUUAAUAACAUAAGAGAGGGACACAACAGUGUACGGGCAUCCAACGCCUCCUCCUUACUCCCCUAAGUCUCUCCGCCCCUUCAGCACUUCUCUUCAACUCUCCCUUUCGUCUAUAAGAUCUCAAUUCGCCUCUUCUCCUCUUCUCUUCCUCUUUCUCCCUUUCUCAUUUGUAAAUGGCAGUGAUGUUGCAGGGAGUCGUAGCAACAGCAGCUCUCUCAUCGUCCGCUGCUUUCGAUUCCAAGGGAGCUCAGCUCCCCACCGUCAAAUUUCUUCUAGAGAGGAAGGGAGGUUUUCUGGUUGACAGAUCUGAUAGAAGGUUGGCAGUUUUUGCUUCUAAUGCUAGAGCUCGCAGCGCUAGUAGAUUGGUUACUAACGCAGUUGCAGCCAAAACAGAUAAGUCUACGGCUUCUGCAGCAUCUAAGAUCGGAGGGCAUGAGAUCUUGCUGUUUGAAGCCCUUCGAGAAGGUCUAGAAGAAGAAAUGGACAGAGAUCCCCGAGUGUGUGUCAUGGGGGAAGAUGUGGGACACUAUGGAGGUUCGUACAAGGCCACUAAGGGCCUGGCCAAGAAGUAUGGGGAUCUCAGGGUGCUGGACACUCCCAUUGCUGAGAAUUCCUUCACGGGUAUGGCUGUUGGGGCUGCCAUGACAGGCCUCAGGCCAAUAGUUGAGGGCAUGAACAUGGGCUUCCUUCUUCUGGCAUUCAAUCAGAUUUCCAACAAUUGUGGCAUGCUCCACUACACCUCAGGUGGUCAAUUCAAAAUCCCAAUUGUCAUCCGUGGGCCUGGAGGGGUUGGACGUCAACUUGGGGCAGAGCAUUCACAAAGACUGGAGUCAUAUUUCCAGUCAAUACCUGGGAUCCAAAUGGUUGCCUGCUCAACUCCUUACAAUGCCAAGGGCUUGAUGAAGGCGGCCAUCCGGAGUGAAAAUCCAGUGAUAUUGUUUGAGCAUGUGCUUCUCUAUAACCUUAAGGAGAAGAUCCCAGAUGAGGAGUAUGUUCUGUCACUGGAGGAGGCUGAGAUGGUGAGACCUGGUGAACAUAUAACAAUUCUAACCUACUCCCGCAUGAGGUACCAUGUCAUGCAGGCAGCAAAGACGCUAGUAAACAAGGGAUAUGAUCCUGAGGUUAUUGAUAUCAGGUCAUUGAAACCGUUUGAUCUAUACACAAUAGGAAAUUCAGUAAAGAAGACACACCGUGUGCUGAUUGUGGAAGAGUGCAUGCGGACAGGUGGGAUUGGUGCAAGCCUCACGGCGGCCAUCAAUGAGAAUUUCCAUGAUUACUUGGAUGCUCCAAUUGCUUGUCUCUCAUCACAGGAUGUGCCAACCCCAUAUGCUGGGACAUUGGAGGAAUGGACUGUCGUUCAGCCUGCCCAGAUUGUGACUGCAGUAGAGCAGCUAUGUCAGUAGCAUCAGUGGCACCAAGAUUCAGUUUUAGAAGUUAUUUUUUUACUUCCAAACCAACAUUUUUCUUUAUCUGCAGUUUUUUUCUUGUUUUUUUCUCAUGACAUUGCUUUUAUCAGUUUCACGUAUUCUUGUAGAUUUUGUGCUUUUAACCUAUUAUUACUUACAGGCUA